AUGGAGAAGCCCCGAGGGGCGAUCGAGGCCGGCAACCACUGCUCGUACCCGCUGAUGGCGCCAACCUACUUCUGCUUCCUCCUGACUGCUCUGGGUGUGACAGCUGGUGCCCAUCGCUUGUGGAGCCACAGGUCCUACAAGGCCAAGCUGCCUCUGAGAAUAUUUCUGGCUGCCGCCAACUCCAUGGCUUUCCAGAACGACAUCUUCGAGUGGUCCAGGGACCAUCGAGUCCACCACAAGUACUCGGAGACUGACGCUGACCCCCACAACGCCCGCCGGGGCUUCUUCUUUUCCCACAUCGGGUGGCUGUUUGUUCGGAAGCAUCGAGAUGUCAUCGAGAAGGGGAGAAACCUUGAUGUCACUGACCUGCUGGCUGAUCCUGUGGUCCGGUUCCAGAGAAAGUACUACAAGAUCUCCGUGGUGCUCAUGUGCUUUGUGGUCCCCACACUGGUGCCCUGGUACAUCUGGGGAGAGAGUCUGUGGAAUUCCUACUUCCUGGCCUCCAUCCUUCGCUAUGCCAUCUCACUCAAUGUCACCUGGCUGGUCAACAGUGCCGCCCACAUGUAUGGAAACCGGCCCUACGACAAGCACAUCAGCCCGCGGCAGAACCCGCUGGUCACACUGGGCGCCAUUGGCGAAGGCUUCCACAAUUACCAUCACACCUUUCCCUUUGACUAUUCUGCGAGUGAAUUUGGCUUAAAUUUCAACCCGACCACCUGGUUCAUUGACAUCAUGUGCUGGCUGGGGCUGGCCACUGACCGCAAAAGGGCAACCAAGCCGAUGAUCGAGGCCCGGAAAGCCAGGACUGGCGAUGGCAGUGCUUGAACCCGGAGCUGCCGUCCAACCUGCCCGCCGCUGACACCGUGGCUCAUGCCUUCUGUUUCUAUAGUUCUCUUGCUCAUUGGUUCAUGGGAGGGGGCGGAGGGUGGGAGGGAGUGGAAUCCAUGUGGUUGGGAGAU